AUGGACGGAGUGCGAUCCUGGUUGGUUCUCCUCAUAGCCGGCGUCGCUGGUGUCAUCACGUACCUGUGGUUGUCGGCGAAAACCAAACAAUCGCCAGUCUCGCGACCACGAUCACAUGCAGUGCAGGAGAGCUCUGUUGAAGACUCGCCACCAAAGACGCCAAAGACGAGAGAGAACCAUGCACGACCUCCUCUGGAAGUUCUAUUCCCCAGCCCGACCGACACAAAUGACGAUGCUGAGGUUGACAUAAUUGCCGUACAUGGCCUUGGUUCAAAUGUCGACUGGUCCUGGACGUGGAAAGACGGCGAAAAGCGUGUCAACUGGCUUCGAGACCACGACAUGCUGCCCGCGAGGGUGCCCAAGUCGAGAAUCAUGGUGUACAAUUACGAAUCGAGGUGGCACGCCGACGCACCGAAAACGCGCCUCCAGCUCUGCGGCGAACAGCUCGUACAGAACGUUCACUCAUUCCGUCGCGAUGCUCCUACGCGUCCAAUUGUCUUUGUUGGCCAUAGCCUAGGUGGAAAUGUCAUCGUCCAAGCUCUUUUGCACGCUAGUGUUGAGGAUAAGUACAAGGGCGUGCUCGGGGCGACUGCUGGCGUGGUUUUUCUAGGCACGCCUUUUCGGGGCACAAAGUGGCAACCCUUCCUCGACUUCCUUGCUCAGUUGAUGGCGCCAGCUGGGUCACACCGCGGGGUGACGAGAGAACUCGAAUAUGACGGACCCGAGCUGCGGGACAGAUUACAUCGCUUCUGCCGGCUACGUAAUAUGCUGUCGAUGCCCGUCUCCUGUUUUUUUGAACUCUUCGAGACGGACUAUGGGCGGCGGCUAGGACUCCCCCCGAGAAAAGGAAUGGUAAUUAUGCGAGAUCCAGUUAACGUCAAGAAUCCCUUCUCACAUCUUCAGAUUGUGGACGAGGCAUCCGCUUGCAUCCCAGGCCUCGAUAGGCAGGGCCUCGAGGCCGAUCACCUGACGAUCAACAAAUACCGUGGUCCAGACGACGGCGGAUUCAAGCAAGUCUCAGAGGUGAUCCACGAGAUGUGCGACAAUGCCAACAACGUCAUUAGACGACGGCACGAUCACGCGCUGAGGCAGCGACCCGAAGCCAGGGCCUGUCUGCGUGACCUCUUCGUGACCGACCCGCUCGAAGACAAGAAGGCUUUGAAGCGUAAGAAAGGAGACCGCGCUCGCGGCACCUGCAAGUGGAUCAUGGGUGCCGAAGAGCUCACUACCUGGCUUGAUCCUGGCCAGACAACCCACUCGGAGGGUCAAGCGAGUCAAGUCCUGUGGCUCCAUGGGAACCCAGGCACGGGAAAGUCCACGAUGGCCAUCUUCCUCACUGAGGAGUUAUCAGAAAUCUUUUCUGCUAUGGAAGGGAAAACGCUGGCAUACUUCUUCUGCGACUCCACGUUCGACAAGCGGAACACAGCCACGUCUGUCAUCAGGGGGCUUCUACUUCAGCUCCUUCAACAGCACCCACAGCUUCUCGACUACCUCCUGCCAAAGUACAAUGAACGUGGAGCGGGGUUGUUCAACUCGUUUGACGCCCUCUGGGGAAAAUUACUAGAAGUGGCGGCGGACAAAAACACUGGCCGAAAGUAUUGCAUCAUCGACGCUGUAGACGAAUGCGACCCGAAAUCACAGACCACUCUAUUGCAACAGCUCAAAGAAACCUUCCGAGGUCGGAAUGCACCGCCUAACCUUCACAUACUGGUCACCAGUCGGUCCUAUGACGAGAUUCGAGAACAUUUGGACAACUUCUUGAACAAGGACUUGGCUUCCUACCCUGAGGCAAAGAAAGAUGUCGACCGUUGCAUCAAGGAAAAAACAGCAAACUUAGCGGAAAUGAAACGCUAUACAGACACAAUUCGAAAAAAAGUCAGCGAUCUCCUCAGGGAAAAAGCCGAGGGCACUUUCCUCUGGGUCGGCUUGGCCUGCAAAGAGCUUGAGGGUAUCCCUUCGAAAGACGCUGUCAAGACGUUACGGAACAUGCCCAAAGGACUUCAUUCGCUCUACGAGAAGCUCCUCGAAACAGCUGUCAACGGAAACGGAGCCAACAACAUUCAUCGUGUUCUGAGCUUCGUUGCUAUGUGUGUGCGGCCGCUGAGCGUGCUAGAGCUCUCGGAUGCUUGCCAACUGCACCUCGACGAGAAGGACGAGGAAACCCGGGCUCAGUUCACACGCGAACAAAUCGCGUCUUGUCGUCUCAUGGUUGUCGUUCAAAAUGAAAAGGUGCUCUUGUUACAUCAGUCUGUCAAGGACUUUCUGGCUGAGGCACGUUUUUUCAAUGAUCUCGAGGCUCACGCGAACCUUGCCUAUCGCUGCGUGGACCUCCUCAUUGAGGACUUCCAUAACAAGCAGCCACGCAUCCGCUUCUUGGACUAUGCAAUUAAGGAAUGGGCCAAUCAUGCGCGUAUGGCCAAGUCAAAAUUUGAGGUUAAGGCCUCGCAAGCCGAGUUCUUUGCCCCAAGGUCCAAGUGUUGGGCGUUCUGGCUGAAAUCAUACCAAAAUCGUUAUUACUGGAGAAUGGUCUUAAAAACUUCCUCCCUUUUGCAUAUCGCUGCAUAUUGCGGGGUUUCUCCUCUGGUGGAACAUGUCUGUCGCCGAGAUAAUCAAAACAAUAAUGCACCAGGGAUUUUGCGUUUGAUAAAUUCGACUGACGACAACGGCAUGACGCCACUCGAAUACGCUGCGAAAACAGGGCAUGUAGAGACCAUCUCUCUGUUGAUGGGUUUUGGAGCAAGGGUGUCUGAAGAAGAAAUGAAGGCUGCAACCGAAAACUCUGUAAAUGCCAAGCAAGUGUUGGUACUGUUUCUCGACAGACAAGGAGACCAGAUCUCCAUCACUGAGAAGCUGAUAGUAGCUACAGCAAGAAGUUUCACAGAUCCUAAAGGACUAAUGGAAUUACUUCUCGACCGACAGGGAGACCAGAUCACUAUCACCGAACAGUUGGUGAUAGCUGCAGCAGGAAACUUCAAGAAUCCUAGAGGUCUAAUGGACCUACUUCUCCACCAACGAGGAGACCAAAUCACUAUCACUGAGAAGGUGGUGAUAGCUGCGGCUAGAAAUCGCGAGGAUCCUAGAGGUCUAAUGGAAGUACUUUUCGACCGACGAGGAGACCAGAUCAUUAUCACUGAGCAGGUAGUGAUAGCUGCGGCAGGAAACUUCAAGAAUCCUAGAGGUCUAAUAGACCUACUUCUCGACCGACGAGGAGACCAGAUCAUUAUCACUGAGCAGGUAUUGAUGGCUGCAACAAAAAAUCGUCGUAAAGGCAACGAACUGAUAGCGCUACUUCUCAACCGACGAGGACACCAGUUCAAAGUUACUGAGAAGAUAGCGUGUGCUGCAGAAUCAAACAGUAUGUGUGGGAUGAGAGUGUUGAAAACACUUCUCGACCGACGAAGAGAAGAGCUCGCACAAUCCGGUUCGGUAGAGCUAGCUAUUUGA